AUGUCAGAUAGAGAAGCUUUGAAAGUAUUUUCAAGACAACCAGUUUGUCAAGAGAUGAUUGAUAUCUUGGCUACUACCACUUGUGCUAUAAUUCAAGUUCGGAGUGUAAAACCUCAAUAUAGUUUAAUACCUUCAACCAAAUCAUCUAAUUUAUUAGUUAGUCCUCUUCAAAAAUCAAAUAUUUCAUUAGUGGUAUUCAUUAAGAAUUUAAUUAAAUAUUCCAAUGUUCAAACUCCAACUUUAAUGGCAACUUUAGUAUAUCUCAAUAAAUUAAGAAAUAUUCUUCCUGCUAAUGCUAUUGGAAUGGAAACCACUAGACAUCGUAUUUUCAUUGCUGCUUUGAUUCUUAGUGCUAAAUCUUUAAAUGAUCAAUCUCCUUUAAAUAAACAUUGGACAAAAUAUACCGAUGGACUUUUAACAAAUGAAGAAGUUAAUAUGGCUGAACGUGAAUUAAUUGGAUUAUUAAAAUGGAAUAUCUCCAUUAAAGAGGAUGAUUUGAUUGUGGCUUUACAACCAUUUUUAACUACUAUCAAACAACAAUUGGUACAAAAGAUGGACGAAGAAAACUCACAAAAACUCAAUUAUUACAGAUUAUCCAAUUCUUUCAGCAACAGAAGUAUUUCUUCAAGUUCUUCAAGAUCAAGUUCAAAUGCUUCAUUAUCAUCUUAUAACUCUUCCUUAUCAUUGAAGAAUUCCCAUUCAAACUAUUCAUUACAAAGCUCAUCAUCAUCUUCAUCAAAUUCAUCCACUCCUUCAUCAUUAUCAUCAUAUAAUGAAGAAGCUGAAAUUGGAUUACAUCCUCCUCCAAAAUCAUCAAGAAGAAUCCCCUUAUCUUCCAAAUCUACCAAUUUACUUAACUUAUCCACUGCAAAUCAUGAAAAACCAAGAAGUAAUUUCGUGAAUUUAGUUAAUACUGGUAGAAUACUAACUUAG